GUGGAAAACGUUGUCGGUGGAGCUGCUGGACGCCGUGCACAGGCAGGUGAAGGACUCGACGAGGGACAAGGGAAACCCCUGGGCCGUGGACGCGCGCGUCCCCAAACAGUUCGCCAUGUUUGGAGGGCUCAACCUGGUGCUGCUCGGGGACCUGUGGCAGAUCCCACCAGUCAGGAGUCUCAGUAUUGCCGCCAAUCCAUUCGUCAAGCGGCCCCCCAACGUUGGCCGCGUACUGGAGAUGUUCUGGACCGAGGGCAUGCCGCACUCGGCAACUCACCGCUACGCACUGAGCCAGUCGCACCGCUGCUCAGACCCGUGGUGGAGGAGCUUCCUCGCAGCAGCGCGCGCGGGGGAUCUGUCGGACAGGAUGUACGAUUUCGUUCACGGGUUCCCCACUGAUGCGCCCGGCUCGUGGAUGCCCGCAAGCCCCGGCAGUGCCGAGGCCCGGGCGGGGCACCUCGGCUGCGGGAAGGCGAAGUGCCGCGCGCUCUGGUCAGUUGAGUGGCCACGGAUGUUCGGAGAGGGUCGGCCUUGGGGCGACAUGCGAGCUCUGGAGUGCGCAGAUUGCAGCGCGGAACGCCGUCGGCGCUGCCGCGUCGCCUCUCAGAGCGAUGCCAGACAGCGGGAGGUGACCACGGCGUUCGCGGACGCGCUGUUCGCGCACCCGUACAACGCCCCGAAAAGCAUGAUUUUGACACUGCGAGCGGCGAAUGCGGCAGCCAAUGUUGGGAAGCAGCUCCUCUGGGUGGUGGCGCGCGACGUCCCCCUCACUCGGGACGACGCAUGCAGGUCGAAGGAGUCGCUCGCGAACGCCAGGCAGAACUGGCUCAUGUACCCAGAGAACAAGACUGGCGGAGUUCCUGGUGUCCUUCCGAUCUUCCACGGCAUGCGCGCUCGUGUCACCGCGACGGAGAACGCGGAGUUGGUGAGCGAGCACAGGUCCGAGCCAGAGCUGGUGCUGCAGCACGUGCCCGACGCGAUCAUGGUGAAAAUCCUUGGGAGCACGGCGCGCCCUCUUGGCAAUCAGCCGGCGGGUGUCUUCCCCGUGAAACAGAAGGAGGUGUCAUGGGAUCGCAGCCCCGGUUUCAAGGCCAUGGUGAAGCGCGCGGGAUUCCCGCUUGCCCCGCAUUUCGCCGCCACGGCCCACUGCGUCACCGGCGCCGCGCUGCCGCAGGCCAUCAUCGACCUCUUGGACGCGCGCACGACGCCCGGGGCCCGUGCGUCCAUGGCGCCCGCGGGCUACGUGGCCAUCAGCCGAACUAGGAGGGCUGACGACCUGAUCAUCACCCAGCCUUUUUCCCCCAUGCUGUUCCGCCAGGGGCAUCAGACGGGCCCAUGGCUCCUGCGCCCCCUCACAGCAGGGGAGAUGACGACGGAACAGACGCGAGCUGGCUGGGCCAAGGCAGAGAAGGAAGCCGCGUCAAGGUCGUCGAAGAAGUUGGUGGACGCCACGUUCCAGCGCGCCGACUGCCACCAGCGAAAAAGACCGGGCAACUUCCCGGGGAGUGGCAUGAGGGCGAGCGACCCCGUGGAGCACGCCGCGGGGGUGCUGAGCCAGGGCGCGUGGAGGAGGUGCGCCCUCUGCGCGCAGAAGAAGGCCGGAAAGGACGUGCAGAGGCCAGCCCCUCUGCCCAGCGAGCUCCGUUGCUUUGAAUGCGGCAAAGCCAGGCGCGUCUCGGAGUACGACAAGAAGAUGUUGGAGCAGUUGCGCUCAAAUGACGCCCUCGAGAGAGCGGCAUGCCUGGCGCGUCGCCCCGCGCAACUGCACCGGCCACCGUCGAAGAUAGGUGCGUUGUACACGUGCUACCAGUGCGGGGGCCCGAAGGGCAUGGAUCACUUUGACCUGGGCCGGCUGAAUAUGCAUGGGGGGCCCGAGUGCGUUGUGCGCAAGGAGUGCUUCGACCUGCGCAUGCGUCCUCCUUGCGGGAAGUGCGGGGCGAGGCCAGAGAGGAAUCUGCAUUGCAGUCAGAGUAAUUACCAGUGUGAGGCCUGUGCAUUCCCGAACUGCGACGUCUGCAAGGUAGCCCCGCGGCCGCGAAGCACGAAGUACCUGGCGGCGAACGGGCCGUCGUGGACGUGCCCGGCGUGCCCGCGGGUCGGUCAGUGCGCGGUCUGUGGCGCCCCGUCACCAGACGCGGCCAAAACUGGUCGGCGUUCUGUGAACUGGGAAGGGCCGAGGUACACGUGCGACGCGUGCCUCUGGCCGCCAUGCAGCGCGUGCAAGAAAACGCCGCGGCCGCACGACCGCUGGUGGACAGUUCGCGCUGCCCCGGACUGGAAGUGCGCAGAUUGCGCGAAGACGCGCGAGCGAGGGAAGAG